AUGGUUAAAUUAAAAAAACAGUUGUUUUUAAGUUUUCUAAAAUUAAAAAAUGUAGUUAUAAGAAAUGAAACAAGAUUAAUAUAUUUUACUAAAAAUAAUAUAAGUACUAUAGCAAAAAAAGAAAAUAUAUACAACAAAAUUGGUGAAAUUGAAGAGAUUAAAAAAGAAAACAAAACAAAAUAUUUAAAAAUAAAUGAUUUUUUUUAUUUCAACAUUUACUUAAUGAAUGAUAGAGAUUUUGUAAAUUUUGUAUUAACAUAUAAUUUUCUUGAAAAUAAAAAUAUUUAUGUUUGCAUACUCUUGCAUUUAAGCAGAAUAUUUAAAAACUUAACACUUAAUGAAAUAAUAAAAAUAUUAGAAAAAGUUAUAGAAAAAAAUAAAAGUGCUUUUUCUCAUUUGUAUAUUAAAGGGGAAAAUAUUUCUAAUUUAUACACCCAUUUAUGUAACCAUAUAAUUAAAUUGAAUAACUUAGAAUUAAUAACAGUUUUAAAAUGUUUCUGUUAUACUGUUAAUGAAUAUCCAUCUGAACACAUUAAAAUUAUUAACUAUUUCAUUUUAUCAAAAAAGUUACAUAACUUAGAUUUAAAUCUUUUACAUGAUAUAUGUAAUUGUUUGAUUAAAAUCAAAAAUGAUUUUAGAAUAAGAAAAUUAGAUUAUGAUGAAUCUCUUCAUUUGAAAAUAUCCACUUACUUAAAAAAUCAAAUUUUAAAUGUAGAUUUUCAAAAUUUUUUUCAAAUUCUUCAUAUGUAUAUAAAUAUGACAAAACAUAUUGAAGAUGUAGAAAAAUAUAAAAAUAUAAAUUUGUUGAAUAAACCAAAUGCUCUCAAUGAUUUGGAAAUUAUGAAAGGAGAUUUUAAUACAAAGGAAAAAGAAACAGUAAAUAAUGAGAAUUCAAUAGAAAUUAAUGAAAAAAAUAUACAAAAUGAGAAUGACUUAAAUGAAGUAAAUAAAACACAUUCAUUAGAGGAGUAUAGUGAUAAUUUUUCAGAAGGGAAAUUUUUAUAUAAUAAUGAAAUAAAUAAUUUGAAAAAUAAUUGUAAAUUAAUUUUGUUAAAUAAAAUAAAUGAAAUAAAUAAAGAAAAUGUUUUAUCUUCUAUAAAUAUAUUUAAAUGGUUAAAUAUAAAAGAUUCCUAUUUAUUUACACAUAUUUGUGAAAUUUUUUUUAAAUAUAUUUUGUAUUAUAAUACAAAAUAUGUUGUAAGAUUUUUGAGGAAGUGCCAUAGUUUAAAAUUCGAAAAAGGUUUAAAAAAUAAAAAGGAUGAAGAAAAAAAAUUUAUAAAAUUUUAUAAAGAUGAACAAGAGAUAGAAGAAAAAAAAAAAAGAAUGAAUCAGCUUAAAAGAUUAGACAAUAAUAAUGAAAAAGCGUAUGAUGAUAAAGUUAAUGAAUUAAAUAAUAACUUAGACCAAAUUGAAGGAAGUAAUUUGUUUCUUCAUUUAUUAAAUGAAAAAUUAUAUAAAAUGAAUAUAGAAGAAUUAAAAAGCAUUACUUAUAGUUUAUAUGUAUUUGUUGAAAAUAUGAAGCAAUUUUCUCAUUUAAACAAUUUAAAAAAUAAUAUGAAUUUAUUGUUUUCUAUGACUGUUCAAUAUAUUUCAAAUUUUAUUGACAAAGAAAAUUUAUAUAACAAUAACUGUAACUUAUCAAAAAACAAUUUUAUAAGUGAUUUAUAUUAUGAUCAAGAUAAAGAAUUAAAAACAAAUUAUUAUGAUAUUAAUAUGAAUAUCGAUUAUAUUUAUAUUUCUCCUAAAGAUAUUUACAUAAAUAAAUUUGAUGAAAACUAUUAUUGUGAUAAAAAUAUUAAAUUAGUAUGUGAUAUAUUAUUAAAUAUUAGCUACUUUAAUGUUAGCAAAAAUCACAAAAAAAUUAAAUUUAUAUAUGAAUACAUUAAUAAUAUAAUUGAUAAAAGGAAUAAAGCUAUAGAUAUAAAUAAUUUAUUAAAUAUAUUAAUGAUUUUGUCAAAUUUUUAUUUAAAAACAAAUGAUAAUUACAUUUUUCACAAUUAUAAAAAAAUUUUAGAAUUAUUAGAGUAUAAAAAAAAUGAAAUUAAUGGUCAUCAUUUUAAUAAAAUAGCUGUUGCUAUAUCACCAAUUCUUAAUGAAGAAAAUAAAUUAAUUCAUAAAUAUUCGGAAUUCUUAAUUUUUUUUGUUGAAAACAAUAUAGUCCCUUUAAGAUCAUGCGUUUUUUUGUUACAAAAUAUUAUGAAAAGUCUUAACAUUAGGUUAAAUGAACAAUUAAUUUUACUUAAAUUAUCCAUUAUAAAUAGAAUAAAUGCUUUUUUAACAGAAUCAAUUAAUUAUAUUCAAACAAUGCAUGACGAUGAUGAUUUAAUUCAGAACCAUUUGAAAAAGUUCAUGCUUCUGCAUUCAAUUAAUGAAAAUACAUUGAUAUGUGUAAUUGCUAGCCUAUCUUUAAUUUUGCAAAGUUCUAAAUACGGAACUAAUAUAAAAAAUGACACAAUAAUAUUAAUUCAAAAAAUGGUUAAAUAUGUAUCGAAGAAUUCUUUUCAAAGAUUUCCUAAAAAGCACAUCUAUUCAGAGCUCCUCGAAGUUUUGUCAUCUGAGUAUGAUGAUAUUAAACAAAUAUUAUUAAAAAAAAUAUAA